AUGUUUUUGGAUCUCGAAGGUGCAGAGAGCUGCUGGGAGCGGUUUCUGUCUGCACGGCGGAAACCAGGUGAUCUGGCGGUACUGGGUGAUUUGAACGAGAACCCCAGCGGACUCCCGAGGCGCAGAGUGUCACAGUUCUCCGCUGAGAUGUGUGGCCACUCUGUACGGGAAGUUCUCUCCUUAAGUCCGCCUCCGGCAGCGCGGUCGGAUGCAAGGCAUGCCGCGAGCCUCUCCCCAGUUCUUGGAUUUGGAGAGCGUUCGUUAUCUCCACGACUGCGAAGAGGAGGAACGGAAAGCGAUAGUCAGCUCGCGGCUGAUGAUGCUGGUAUGCCACGGCGUCGAUUAUCUGAGUUUUCAGCCAGAAUGCAGAGUGGCAGUGCUGUACGCGAGGCGCUUUCCCAUAGCCCUGCACGGAAAUUCCUCAGAGGAUGCAGAGGAGAGAGGAGAUUCAAGCACAGCCUUGCUCCGGCAUCUGCGCGAGAAUCCGUACUGAGCGGCUACGGGGAACGCCAGGAAUCUGCGCGGCGCUUGCUGCAGGUGAGAGGAGAAAGCAAGGACUUUGCAGACAGAGGGAGAUCCUCGAGCGGAAUUCCCUGGCGCCAGCUUCCUCUCUAUGAUUGUCACGGCCUGCUGCUUCAAACCGGGAGUUCCAUCAAACCAGAUCUAGCACUUCGAGCGCCUUCUGUCUUUUCCGAACGUUUACACAGCAGCGAUGCUGUAAAGGAUUUGCUUUCUGGAGAGCACUGUCGGGGCCGCAUGAGCCUGCAGAAUUGGCAGCGAGAGGAAUCUAGACAGUCGCUGCACCGCAGAGACAUUGCCCCAGCAUUGACAGCAGCAUCCAGAGCAAGUGGCCACGCAAUGGAGACCGAGAGGUCUCGCUGCCUCGCCAAGUUUGACCGGCUUUGUGCUCAAACUCCGCGUGCUGGGCGAGCAGGGCCUCGACCGGAUGCAGUGGCCACUGCCGAGGAUGUCAGACAUCUGCACGGAAAGAACAGAAGUGGACAGGAGCAGCCUUCUCAAUGCAUACAAGCUCCAUCAGCAUCGCCACGUUCGAUGCCAUCACCCGCAGUCCCAGCAGAUCCAGAGCCGCUCCGGUGUACGCAGCCGCAGAGUCGGUCGCGUCGCACGUAUGCUUUCGAAGCAGAUAUGGCAAAGAUCUCGUUGGCGGCUGGGCGCCUUGCAACGGCAGCCUGCAGCGCAUCCACAGCAACUCCGAGGGGCGCGCGGUUCCUCGGCUUCAUUCCUCGCCAGAGGGAGAAGGUCCGGAGGGAGCCGGAGGUCUUGUGCGACACGAGCCUCGGAUCACCGGCACAUAUGAACCAGAAUUCUCAGGACAUCACUUCGCUUGCGGCUGACAAAGUAACAGUGAACGAGUCGUUGAAACCUUUCGAUGACAAGGUUGGCCAGGUUGUUGAAUUCAUCGACAAGAUCAUUGGUCACGGCCGAGGACAGCCGCCGUCACAGCCAGAGUCUGAAGGGCAGCUGACACCAACUCCGGACAAGAAGCAGGAUUGUUCUUUGCUUCGUCAGCAUGCGAAGCGAGACAAGGCUCCCCCCGAACCAGAGCCGGAAGUGGACGUCGGCGCACAUGCAAAAGAUGUCGCGCUGUAUCCGCGACUCCUCACGUCAGCCCUGGAAGCUGAGAAGGCCUCCACUGCAACAGCAUUGCGCCAGAAAGACCAGACGGUGCAGAAGGAAAGGGACAUCGUGCCUGACAAGGCACGCAGCAACAAGACGGCAUCGAGCCAAACGCGAAAGAAGCAAGCGAAGUUUACUGCGCUGAUGCAGCCAGACCUUGGCAAGCUGCGGGAUAGGCGGAAGGCGGCGGAAGGUCUUGUUGACUUUGCAGCUCUGCUCGCGGCUGAUGUACACAGCCGUGCAUCAGAGACCGGAGCUCUUCGUGCAGAAGCCAAGCAUGAUUGCACAGAUUUCGAGUUGCACAAGCCGUCCAGGACACUGAUCGAAGACGGCUUGCAAGAGGACUUGCAAGGGUUGUGGGUCAUGCUGUGGCUGCAAAAGCAGAUGUUGUCCUUCCACGCCAUGGCAUCAAAAGCUGGCCGCGAGCAUUUGGUCCCAUUCAUCACAGUGACCCUCAUCGGCGUGAAGAAGUCCAGCGAGGCUCCAAUUGCCUCCUGGGGAGAGGUCAUUACAGAGCAGCCGAGAAAGAGCAUCCGGAUGCAGGGAAGCGAGAGCGCCAAGAAAGCACGCAGUGACGUGGCAAAGAAGUAG